AAAUUUUUCCAAGAGAUUCCAGUCUAAAAGACAAGUUCAUAAAACAUUUUACAGGGCCAGUCACAUUUUCAUCAGAGUGUAGCAAGCACUUUCAUCGACUGUAUCACAACACAAGGGACUGCUCAACGCCAGCCUAUUAUAAAAGGUGUGCAAGGUUGCUAACAAGAUUAGCAAUGAGCCCUUUGUGUACACAGUCCUAGGAUGUUUGCUAUACUUUCUACUAAGAAGAGAAUUCUGAUUUGCCAAGAAAGUGCCUUGAAAUCUUCCAAGACAGAGAAGACAUCUUUUACCUUUUUGAUUUACGUUUUGUUACUAGAUGCAUUUUAUUUUCCUAUAUUUGUCAGACAUUCCAUAUUUGUGUGAAACAUUAUUUUAUUUUAAUUUGUAAAUUUGUUUCCUAUAGUUCAGACCAGCCAAUUAUUUAAAUGCAUUGUAUAUAAAGAAUACUAAUUAUAUACUGAUUAAAUGUUAUAACCAUAUGCAGGGAGUUGGUAAAAUUUUGCUGUUUCUCUUGUUCCAUUGUACUUACAUCAUUCUGCUCAGGCUCUUUCUUCCAUUAUUUGCACUAACUUGAAAUGCAGAAGUCUAUGUAACUGAAAUCUGAAUAAGCUGUAAGUGGAGAAGUUUUACUUGCCAUGGAAGAUAUUUUAUAUUAUGAAGCUUUGUUAAUAUAUACAUAUAUAUUAUUGCGCAUCAGAAAAAAAUUGCUCAGAAAUGCACCUUGCUUUCAGGAACAUUUGUAUGACUAUUCUGGAUUUUCAUCAGUUACAUUUGUACUGGCACUUAUGGAAAGAGUUGCAAAUAAUGUAAAUAUAAAGACUGGAAAACUGCAAUGCAGUUUUGGUGGAAUAAAGAAC